GCCAACCUCUUAUCAACAAAAAUCCUCAAAACAACGUUGCCCGCGUUUCUCUCUCUUUCUCUCUCCAGAGACUGUCAGCUUCUCACCGCCAUGAACGCCAUAGCUACUGCUGCAGUUCUCUCUCUCCCAUUCUCGUUCUGUAAAUCAUCCAAGCUUGACGCCAGAAAGGGUUUGAAAGGUCGAUUUAGAGUGUUUGCUGUGUAUGGAGAGGAGAUAGAUAAGAAGAAUGCAUGGAGUGCGCUGUUUGACGUAGAGGAUCCAAGAUCUAAAGUCCCACAGUAUAAAGGAAAGUUUUUGGAUAUAUAUCAAGCCUUAGAAGUGGCAAGAUACGAUAUCCAAUACUGUGAUUGGCGAGCUCGGCAAGACUUGCUUACCAUCAUGCUUCUCCAUGAAAAGGUGGUGGAAGUUCUUAAUCCUUUGGCACGUGAUUAUAAGUCCAUUGGCACCAUGAAAAAGGAGCUAGCAGAGUUGCAGGAAGAAUUAGCGCAAGCACACCAACAGGUUCAUAUAUCUGAGGCAAGGGUGUCCACUGCUUUAGAUAAACUAGCUUACAUGGAAGAAUUGGUAAAUGAUAGGCUGUUGCAAGAUAGCACAACUGAAGUUUCCCAGGCAUCCUCUUCCCCCAGUACUUCUUUUAAAUCUGUAGAUAUAGAAAAGAGAAGACCGAGAAAAAGCUUGGAAGUAUCAGGUCCAGUUCAGUCAUACCAUCCCCACUUGAAGAAUUUCUGGUAUCCUGUAGCUUUCUCUACUGACUUGAAGGAUGAUACAAUGAUCCCAAUAGAUUGUUUUGAGGAGCCAUGGGUUAUCUUUAGAGGGAAAGAUGGGAAGCCUGGAUGUGUUCAGAAUACCUGUGCACACAGAGCAUGUCCUCUGCACCUUGGUUCUGUAAACGAGGGUCGCAUCCAAUGCCCUUACCAUGGGUGGGAAUAUACUACUGAUGGAAAAUGUGAGAAAAUGCCAUCUACUCGACUGAUAAAUGUGAAGAUAAAGUCAUUGCCAUGUUUUGAAAAAGAGGGGAUGAUCUGGAUUUGGCCUGGCAGUGAGCCCCCAACAGCCACCCUUCCAUCUUUGCUACCUCCAUCUGGAUUUGAAAUCCAUGCUGAGAUUGUCAUGGAGCUUCCAGUGGAACAUGGGUUACUUUUGGAUAACCUUUUGGAUCUUGCACAUGCCCCUUUUACUCACACUUCAACUUUUGCUAAGGGUUGGAGUGUUCCCAGCUUGGUAAAAUUUUUGACACCUGCAUCUGGCCUACAAGGAUAUUGGGACCCCUAUCCAAUUGAUAUGGAGUUUCGGCCACCUUGCAUGGUUCUAUCAACCAUUGGAAUUUCGAAGCCUGGUAAACUGGAAGGACAAAGCACCAAUCAGUGCGCCACACACCUGCACCAACUUCAUGUCUGCUUACCAUCUUCAAAACAUAAAACAAGAUUGCUAUACAGAAUGUCACUGGAUUUCGCUCCUGUGCUUAAGCAUAUUCCUUUUAUGCAACAUCUAUGGAGACAUUUUGCAGAACAGGUUUUAAAUGAGGAUCUACGGCUAGUGGUAGGCCAGCAAGAGCGGAUGAACAACGGUGCAAAUGUAUGGAAUUUCCCGGUAUCAUAUGACAAGCUUGGGGUUAGGUAUAGACUAUGGAGAGAUGCCUUGGAGCGAGGAGCUAGGAAACUACCCUUCAGCAAAUAAAAUUAAAUAAAUAUUUUGGUGCUUUUUAUCUUUAGAGUCAAUCAUGCAUUCUGGAACCAACUUGUAUCUCAAGCCCCUUAGCCACCCUUUCAAUAAAAGGGUCGUGGUGACCUCGUUGCGACAGGUUGUCCUUACAUUAAUUCUUCCAAAGCAUUCCUACAACGCGCUGGGUAGGAAACUGCAAAAUUUGAUCAAAGGUUGUCUCUUAUCAUUCAAGCCCCUUUGUAAAGUAGCACCAACUGUACACUUGGCUUUUAUUAUUUCUGUGUACAGGAUCAAGUCCAUUUUUUCUCCACUUUUGCCAACUCAAGUAGUGGCUUAACCUUACCCUGUAACAUUGGCGUUUGUUGUAUGACAUUCCAUCUGAGUCAAUGAUAAUUAAGAAUUCCCGAUUGGUCAA